CUCGACGCGGUGCUGAAACGCCCCGAGAACGUCACGUGCGCGGAGUGUCCGACGCGGAACCCGUGCUGGGCGUCGCUCAACCUCGGCGUGUUCUUCUGCCUCAACUGCAGCGGCGUCCAUCGCGGGUUGGGCGUGCACGUGAGCAAAGUGCGUUCGACGUCGAUGGACAAGUGGAGCGAAGAGAACGUCGCGUUCAUGGAGAAGAUCGGGAAUUCGCGCGCGAACGCGUACUGGGAGGCGAACGUCCCGCCGGGGGCGAAGCCCACGGCGUCGGAGGAGGGGGACCCGGCGGUCGCGAAGUACAUAAGGGACAAGUACGAGCUCAAAAAGUUU